GUUAAAGUUGGAUUGGUUUGUAGGAUCGAAUCAAGCAGUGAAGAAAAUUGAGCUAUGGAUGCAACAUACAUUUCUAGUCAGCUUUGCCGAACACACUUUUGCUAUAUUUAAGCAGAGAAAGGCAGAGAGCAGGCCGAGCGAUGCAGAGAUCGAAAGAGAGUGCGUGUGUUGAGUGAAGAGAGCCACAAUCGCGUGCCGUGAACUUGAACGCGGUUAGCGAUCAGACGAAAGCAGGCCGGAGAAAAUAAACACACAUAUCCGAAAAUACGGCACAAAAGAAAUCCUCGGAGUAUUCUAGCUAUUGUGAAGACAAAAAAAAAGUGAUCUAUCAGCCACACGCCGCAAACCGUUGCGGUCCACAGCUGAGUAAGCAGUAGAGUCGGCAGAAAAGUGUGCAAAGUAAAGACCUCCGAGAACUGGAGUUUGAUUUUUCUGUAGGAAAACGUUUUUUCUGUUGAUAAGUGAUUGGUGAAACAGACCGAGAGACUGUCUCCGUCAAGAGUGAAGGAUGAGCAACACCACGGUGACUGUCGGUGCUAAUCAGCAACCUGCGGCCACAGCCACAGCCCAGCCGCCUCCCGGACCGCAAACGCAAUCGUCGGAGGAUGGUUUAAGCGUCAUCCGACCGGACCUGGACAAAAGACGCAUUCAGCGCAUGUUUAGCUGGACGGCGGACUCACCCGCAGUAACCGGCAGUGAGACCAGUGUGGCAACGAUCGACGAUGGAGGGACAAUGUGGAGCAGACAGCAGAAUGCCGUCUCCGUGCGGCAUGCAUUCAAAUCGUACGGCACCAAGAAGAAACCAAACCAAGUUCUAUCGAAUCUUAACAUGACAGUAGCCAAAGGAACUAUUUAUGGACUUUUAGGAGCAUCCGGGUGCGGUAAAACGACACUUCUAUCAUGCAUAGUAGGCAGAAAGCGACUAAACUCAGGAGAAAUAUGGGUCCUCGGAGGAAAGCCGGGCACAAAGGGAUCCGGUGUACCGGGAGCUCGCGUAGGUUAUAUGCCCCAGGAGAUAGCUUUAUACGGCGAAUUCUCGAUCCGCGAGACGAUGAUGUACUUCGGCUGGAUCUUUGGCAUGCACACGUCAGAGAUUGCCGAGCGGUUACAGUUUUUGCUCAAUUUUCUCGAUCUGCCAUCGGAGUCUCGGUUGGUGAAGAAUUUGAGUGGCGGUCAACAGCGUCGAGUUUCGUUCGCCGUUGCCCUGAUGCACGAUCCGGAGCUGCUCAUUCUCGAUGAACCAACCGUCGGUGUGGAUCCACUACUUAGACAAAGUAUAUGGAAUCAUCUCGUACACAUCACCAAGGCCGGUCAGAAAACCGUCAUCAUCACAACGCACUACAUCGAAGAAGCCCGACAAGCACAUACGAUCGGUCUGAUGCGGUCCGGGCGACUGCUGGCAGAGGAAUCGCCCAGCUGUCUGCUGUCGAUGUAUCGCUGCAGCAGCCUGGAAGAUGUCUUCCUCAAGCUGUCUCGCAAACAGGGUCAAGCUAAUGUGGCUCCAGCUGAGUUGAACAUCAGCAACAACAUAUCACUAUCGGCACUAGCGUUCGGCAACAAAAAGGACAACCCAGUCUACGUCAGCCAGGAAAGCGGAGUCGUCGGAUUAAACUUCCACCAGAGCAAGGAAGUACUCAUCAGUGACAGCAACGGAUCGACCAUUGCUAUUAACGGACUCAAUGGGUCAGCGCCUGGUGCGAUCAGUCAAGCAGUCGAAUGCGAUAACUGCACCGAAUGUUCGGGUUGUUCCAAUUUUACUUCGAAGGGAAAAAUCCGAGCACUGCUCGUGAAGAACAUCCUGCGCAUGUGGCGAAACGUGGGCGUGAUGCUGUUUAUCUUUGCACUCCCGGUAAUGCAGGUGAUCCUGUUCUGUUUGGCGAUCGGGCGCGAUCCAACCAACCUGAAGAUGGCAAUCGUAAACGGUGAAAUGAACUCGACCAUCGGUGCGGACUGUGCGUUCGAUCCGGGAUGUAGCUUUACCAAUCUGUCCUGCCGGUACCUGAGCCACCUAAACACAACCAUCGUGAAGGAAUACUACCCAGACCUGGAUUCGGCGCUUGGUGCGGUACGGGAUGGAAAUGCGUGGGGUGCGUUAUAUUUCACCGACAACUUUACCGAUGCGCUCGUGGCACGUAUUGCUCUGGGACGUGAUGCGGACGACGAAACCUUGGAUCAGUCGGAAAUUCGCGUGUGGCUCGAUAUGUCUAACCAGCAGAUCGGCAUCAUGCUCAACCGAGACCUGCAGGUCGCCUAUCGGGAGUUUGCCCAGCAGCUGCUGCGAGUGUGCGACAACAACCCGAAGCUUGGCGAUGUACCGAUUCAGUUUAAGGCACCGAUCUACGGUACCAAUGAUCCUUCGUUCACCGAUUUCGUCGCGCCAGGAGUCAUUUUGACUAUUGUGUUCUUCCUGGCAGUGGCACUAACCUCGUCGGCACUGAUCAUCGAACGUACCGAGGGUUUACUGGAUCGUUCGUGGGUUGCCGGUGUGACACCGAGCGAAAUUCUGUUCUCGCACGUCGUUACCCAGUUUGUGGUGAUGUGCGGCCAAACGGCACUGGUACUGCUCUUCAUGAUCGUGGUGUUCGGUGUAACGAACAACGGGGAGAUCGCUUGGAUCGUAGUACUGACCAUUCUCCAGGGUCUGUGCGGUAUGUGCUUCGGGUUUGUUAUUUCGGCAAUCUGUGAGCUCGAACGUAACGCGAUCCAGCUCGCGCUGGGUUCUUUCUAUCCCACGCUGCUCCUUUCGGGUGUUAUUUGGCCCAUCGAAGGUAUGCCGCUGGUGUUGCGAUACGUUUCGCUCUGUUUGCCACUCACCCUGGCCACCACGUCCCUGCGCUCGAUAUUGGCCCGCGGCUGGAGCAUAAUGGAGCCGGACGUGUACAUGGGCUUUGUGUCGACGAUCGCUUGGAUCGCGCUGUUCCUUAUCAUCACGAUGCUGGUGCUUAAGUUCAAGCGAGGCUAAAUCGCUGGCGUACAUAGCUUAAGAGUGAUGGUAAAUGGGGAUAUUUUCAUUUCACCGACAGCGUAGAUCCAAACAGCGUACGAUCGUGCGGGCAUGGGAAAGAAGACUUUAGAAGUGAGACGUGUAGCAUCGCGACCACGAAGGUGGUGCUGUAAAACGAAACAGACAAACAUUAGAAUUUGCUCAAUCUUACGUCUUGGACUCUCAUCUAUCAUCUUUUUAUCGCCUUCCGCUACUUCUAGCACUCUACCCACUAUGGUCAAAAUACUUCUGUUCCCUUAAACGAUAGAAGUAUGUUUAGUAAGAAAUUCCAGUUACCCCGUAGGAUCGCUCGCCGAGGUUGUCAUUGGUGUUUUUUUUUUCUCUGUCUUCUAUUAUUUUUUUAACCACUUCACCAACGAAUCCAACCCGCGUGAAAGCAGGGGGCGAGCUUUACCACAUAACAGAACGCUUGCAGGCUAGAUAAGCUGAGGACUGGAAUAUUCUCUUAUCGAACGUUCGGCCGGCACGCUGUCUUUUGGCUGUCGGCACCAAUUAAGAAGUAAUCGAUUAUAUAAAGAAUUAUGACACGAUCGAGUAGUGUGAACGAGAUCUUUCGAGUGAUCGAGCAAAUGAGAUGAAAGGGGCAUGAAUGGAGUUUUAUGUGCGGGUGUGUAUGCGCGACAAUAUAAUGUAUGAAUGUGGUGGGGUAAUACAAAUGGCGAAUCGUGUUCGUGUGCGAGUGUUGUGGCUAUACUGUAUGAGUAAAACUGGGUGGGGGUAUAUUUUUCACAAACGAAAAGGGAAAAAAGUGACAAGCAAUACAAACAUACAAACUAAUAAAAAAGGAGAACAAAAGCAAAACAAAAAAACAACAAACAAACAAACAAACAUAUACACGAACGCGUCAAUGUGAACUGUGAUUGUAAAGCAAUGAGGAAAAGCUAUAUUUUUUAUUAUAAAUAUGUAUCAUCAUACCAGAGUAUUAAUAUAUCUAAUAUGGUGUAAUAUGGAAAUAUCCAACACACAAUUGGUUUACGCAUGCAUGCACACAUACAAACCCAGGCACACACAGAAGCAUACAGCGAGGUGCAUAUGCAUUUCCUCCAGAACAUCAGAUCAUUCAGAUGUUCGCAGGAAAAUCAAUCCGUUUUUGUCAGAUCUUCUGGACUUCUGGAAGCGAAACGAUCACUCUCUCCUGCACAUAAACCCGCCAAUACAAAUAAAACAUGCGAAACAAAAAUGUUUGGUUAAAUCAUCGUAGAAUGAUUUGAUCAACUCUAAAUUCAAUUCAAAUGUGUCUGUACGUAGUGAUCCUUCGAGCAAGAUCUGUGCAUGCAUCUAUAAAUACUUACUUUAAAACUGCGUCUGCGCUACACUUUCGGUUAGUGGCAGUGCAAAGUAAAGCACACCUUUAUCCCUUUUCGUCCUGGUUACUUACUGUAAGGCAUAAACAUGUACGUACUUAAAAAAAACAUAUCAAAUUUAUGUGUGGCCUGAGUGUGAAGAUGGUGGAUUGCCGUGAAACAUGACGUUGCAUGCUACUACAUCAGCCUUGUUCGAACGGACCCCGGGACGGUGGCUUAUGUACAUUUAGGGGGACCGGGACUUUACCAAUCUGCAGCAAACGGCCGCCUUUGGAGGAGCACUGGAGAACGGGCGCCCCUGGCUCGACGCGAAGGGGCGGACAUUAUACGGGAGAAAAACCAUAUGAGGAAACACGGACAAUGAAACUAAUAUUAAACUUAUUUUGCUAGUAUGUUUCUUAUCCAUCUGACUUCUUGGGCUCUUAUGUACUGUACUUGUUAAGAGUGGUGUUGAUUCGCUAGCGGCAUAUGACAAAAAAACACGUACACACACACACACACACACAUACACAAUACCAAGGGGUGGGUUAGGAAAGGCAACAGUUAAAACACUAAAUCAAUAAACGCAGCGAACUCUUGCUUACAACAAAUGGGGGUAAACAUUGUUUUGAGUUAACGUAAGUGUAGGAUUUUGCAAUAAUGCAACAGUGCCGCCUACCUGGCGGCAUGUGUAUCAAUGUAUUUGUGGAGGAAAAUAAAACAAUGAAUGUCAAUAAUAUUAAAAAUAAAAACCGAAGAACAAAAAAA